CUCUAUUCUAUAUUUAUGCUUAGAAUAUAGAAUAUAUUUAUGCAGUAAACUGUCUAGCAAAUCUGAUCAGAAUUUGCCAUGUUUGCAUCCGCUACAAAGUUUCUACAGAAGCUCUAGAGCAAUAUAUUAUGCUCGGUAUGGUUUAAGUGUUUCAGUAUCAAUGAUUUGUACAUUAGUGAUACACUUUUUGUUGAGUUUGUCAAUUUGAUUCUGAUAUUUCUCAAUGAAUCAAGUUGUAUUCUUUUCUUUGCUUGUCAGUGUUUUGGUUCAAGUCUUGGUGAAAACGUUUCCGCGGAAAAUAUCCUCAAGUGCAGGGGAUCUUCUUAGUUGUUCAUAUGCGGUACUUGACAAGACAAACUCGAUUGACGGAACAGUUCCAGAAGAAGUUAUGUUUCAGAGUGAGGUGAAGAAGUUACAACAGGAGCAGUUCAGGCCAGCAGAGCAAGUUUCAAUUUCAUCACAAGAGAUGCUGCAGUACAUCGUCUUGGAGUGAAACAUGAUCUUACUUGAGCGAUCUAUUGUACCAGCAAGACCUCUAAAACAGCUUUGCCUUCCAUUUUAUUCUUUUGUGCACCAACAUCUUUGCCUUCCAAAUGCACGUUUCUUCACUCUCUUUUUUUUGUCCUGAUCCAUAUUAUCAUCAUUAUUUCCCGAACAUACAAAAUGUUACCAAGUAAUCAAUUAGUUGUAUCUUGUAAGCUUUCGUUCCUUGUUCAUGAUCCAAUUUUUGUAACCGUCACAAAAAUGAGCAAGUAAUUCUCAAUGUACAUGAAAUGGUUUUGUUCAACUGAAACUUCAAGUUUUUUCAGCUUGAUUAAAAAGCUUCUUAAGAACUCAAGUUUGUAAUUCUAUGAACGCUUUUAUAUGUCAACCACGAAGCUCCACUAGCCACAACAACUACAUCACGAAUGA